AUGAUUAUUCAUUUAGAACCACAAGGACUUCUUUUUGCUGAUAUUAAAUUUAUAAAUCCAUUAAUUAAACCUGCACCUAAAUUAAAACAACAAAAGAUAUUAUUUUUUGAAAACGAAAAGUAUCGUUUAAUAAGAAAAGGUGUAAUAACAUCAAAUAAUUCUGAUGAAAAUGAUUUCAUAUCAUCAUCAAGAGAUUCACAUUAUGUUGUUUAUGAUAUGUUAUUAGAAGAUGGAAUGCCACCAAGAAAAGUUGGAUAUUUUCCACCAAAAAAUCAAUCUAAUUAUGAGAUCAAAUUAAAUUUAAGUCUUUCUAAAGAACGUGUUGGUUACGGUGAAAUUACAAGUACAUUUGAUGGUAAGCCGGAAUUUUUGGUACCUAAAAUACUUACUGAACCUCCAUAUAUAUGA